AUGCUAAAGGUUAUGGGUCCGAAAUCUAAGGGUGCAUCAUCAGAAAAUGAUUCAAAGCCCUCUAAUGACCAGCACAUAGGAGAGGGACCGAGUCCUGGAAUGAUUUUUAUCGGUGGAUUAGCCAAAGACAUGAGCUUAGCUACAUUCACAAAGUAUUUCAUAAAAUAUGGAGAGAUAACCAAUUCAGUGAUAAUGAAAGAUCGAUACAUCGGGCAACCAAGGGGUUUUGGGUUUAUUACUUAUGCUAAUCCAUUAGUUGUUGACAAGGUUAUCGAAGAGACCCAUGUUAUCAAUGGAAAACAAGUUGAAGUUAAAAGAACCAUACCUAAGGGCUCUAUACAAUCUAAGGAUUUUAAAACAAAGAAGAUUUUUGUUGGUGGGGUGCCAACAAUUGUCCCUAAAGACAAGUUCAAAAAGUUCUCUAAGUAUGGGAAGGUGGUGGAUCAUCAGAUCAUUCAUGAUCAUGUAACCAAUCAUUCUCGAGGCUUUGGAUUCAUUAUAUUUAACAGUGAACAAGUUGUAGAUGAUAUGUUAGCCAAGGGUAAUAUGAUUGAUAUGGUAGGCACCAAGGUGAGUUUAAUGAAACUGUUAUUCAAGAAGUCUGUGUACGCCGAUAUGGUUUUACUUCAUGUUGCAACAUGCAACUUUUAA